UCUUCAAACAGUUUAGAGGUCAACAUGGCGGCAAAUUUUGAGACGGGGAGUUUUAAAAAUGGAGAAAUAAACGGACCCGUGAGCCCGGUCGAUCCAUCAUACACUCCUAAAUUAUUACAUACAACAAGUGUUAGUAUCGACAAAAUCGAUGGAGAUAGAAAUCAUGAGUCUAGAAUACUCUGCUUGUUCACAGGAGGCACAAUUGGAAUGACAUCGAAUCAUGAUGGAGUGUAUGUCCCAAAGGCGAAUUUCCUUGUAAAAGAGUUGCGAAAAUUACCUAUGUUCCAUGAUGACAGUUAUAAUCUGCUCGGUUCUGACCUCAAUGAUCCAGAGAGGCCUCUUGUUAUGCCGCUCUCAAAAGAUGGCAAAAGAGUUGUGUAUUGUGUCUAUGAAUAUGAACCAUUGUUGGAUUCUUGUAAUAUGACCAUGGAUGACUGGGCCAGACUUGCAAUGGAUGUCAAGAAGAAUUAUGAGUUGUUUGAUGGCUUUGUGAUACUACAUGGUACAGAUACAAUGGCAUACACUGCAUCUGCUCUCUCCUUUAUGCUAGAGAACCUAGGCAAGCCAGUCAUAGUUACUGGGUCACAGAUCCCUAUAUUUGAGACCAGGAGUGAUGGAAGAGAUAAUUUUCUUGGGGCUCUUAUUAUAGCUGGCCACUAUAAUAUACCAGAGGUGACUUUGUACUUUAACAACAAGCUACUUAGAGGCAACAGAGCCACUAAGGUCGACAGUGGUAGCUUUGACGCCUUUGACUCACCCAACCUUAGGCCUCUUGUUCAGAUGCAGAUAGGCAUUCACGUGCGAUGGGACCAGAUUUUCCGUUCUGGAAUUCCACAGGCAUUUUCAGUCCACACUGAUCUUUGUCCACAUGUUGGAAUUUUGCGUCUUUUCCCCAGUAUCACGGCUGACACCGUUAAAGCGUUCCUCAGUGACACUAUGCAGGGUGUAGUGCUGCAGACAUACGGGGCAGGAAAUGGUCCUGAUUCCCGUAAGGACUUGAUGGAGGUUUUUACGGAGGCAUCCGAGAGAGGGGUCCUAAUUAUAAACACGACACAAUGUAGUAGGGGUGUUGUCGCUACAUCUUAUGCCACGGGGAAAGCACUUCUUGAUGCAGGGGUGAUUCCUGGCUCUGAUAUGACUCCAGAGGCCGCACUUUCAAAACUCAGUUACGUCCUCGGCAAGUCUGAGUGGGAUAUGGCACAGAAACGACAGAUGUUGAAUGUUAAUUUACGAGGGGAGAUGAAGGUAGCAACAGUAAAACAGAAACACUCUCUGCUGGACUUUAGUCUCAUCCAGACACUUGCUGAGACUAUGAAACUCAGCUCUAAAGAGGAGAUUCAUCUGCUAAGGAGUGCAAUAUUUCCUUCACUAAUGUGCUCUGCAGCCAAGAAUGGCGAUGUUGAUGGCCUGAUUAAGUUAAAGACACACGGUGCUAAUGUAAAUGAGGUGGAUUAUGACAACAGAAGCGCACUUCAUCUUGCAGCCACAGAAGGACAGCUGGAAGCAGUAGAAUAUUUAUUAAAAGAAGGGGGUAUGGUCCAUAUGCGUGAUCGGUUUGGGAACACACCUUUAAGAUGUGCAAUAAUGUAUAACCACCCUGAUAUUAUACGUAUACUGAGGAAGGCUGGAGCACAUAUUACAAUCAAUCCUGUAAGGAUUGGAGUGGAGCUUUGCAGUCUUGCUGCAAUAAAUGAUCUAGAAGGUCUGAGGUCAUGGUACCUUGCUGGAGCGAAUAUCAACAGUGGGGACUAUGAUAAAAGAACAGCUCUACAUGUGGCUGUCACCUUUGACUAUUUGGGAAUAGUUACAUUUCUACUUGAAUGUGGAGCAAGAUCUGAUAUUAAAGACAUGUUCGGCAACACUGCCUUGACAGAGGCCACUACAAGAGGUCUAGAUAAGAUUGUUGCAGUCUUGUCUCCAAUGGAAGAUAGAUGAUUGAUCUAGGGAUUGUUAGUUGGAAAUCAAGGAUGAAGUCAUUGAAGUGUCUUCUGAUGAACAUCCUAAAUGCUUAACUUUGAGGAAUCUUUGCAGUAUUGUGAAAUGUUAUGUGGAAUUAUAUUAGUAAGAUGGUUGUUUUAAAAAAAAGGUGACAACAGACCAAAGAAUUUUACCAAACAAACAUUCAGUUGGUAAGGAAUACACUAUUCAUUUUAGUUUUCAUUUAAUUGGAUGACUAGCUUGUGUGGUGGCAUAGGAUAAAACAAGAAAUAUUGUUUUGAUUUGCAUGCACAUUUUAGUCCUGUAGGAUGAUAGGGAGCAAUGAUCUAUAAAAUAUAUAUGACCCAAAGUGUGAACUUGCUGGACUAUGUAUAAUGUAAAUGGAAACUGGACCAUUCAAAAAUGGCUUUCAUUAUUGCCAUAUGUACUCAUUAUAGUGAAAUACAUUCAAGGGCUUAUGAUGUACUUUCAGAUAUACUUGCAUGGAGCUUAAGCUUGUAUUCGUGAAUGCAACUAACGUCUGUCAGUUAUGCCUUGGUCACAUAGGCUUCGAUUUUCACUACGGUGUCCGGUCGAUUGAGUAUUUUGUUCAAAAUUGGAUACAAUAUUGAACAAAACACUCAAUCGGCUGGGCGCCGGCC